CUUUUAAAUCAACGCAUGCACGAAACCUGUCUGAAACGACUUGGUAUAGAUCUACUUUGUAAAGAGAGCGUUUCAAUGCCUAAUUCAGAGAGUAAUUAUCAUCCCCACUCCGACACGGAGGUGGUCGCCGGUGAUCGGACGGCGUACAGCGGGCCGUUGAAGAGGCCGGGGAGGAAGAGCGCGCGUUUCAAUAUUCCGGAGGGGGCGAUGAACUCCGGCGGAAGCGGCGGUGCCGGCGCCGACGAUUAUGUGGAGAUCACCCUCGACGUGAGGGAGGACUCGGUGGCGGUCCACAGCGUGAAGGCCGCCGGCGGCAGCGAGGUGGAGGACCCGGAGCUGGCGCUGCUGGCGAAAGGUCUGGAGAAGCGGUCGUCGUUUGGGUCGUCGGUGGUCAGAAGCGCGUCGUCGAGAUUCCGGCAGGUGUCGCAGGAGCUCAAACGGCUGGCGUCCCUGACUCAGCGCCGAGGCCAGCCGGCGGGCCGGUUCGACCGUACGAAGUCCGCCGCGGCGCACGCGCUUAAGGGGCUCAAGUUUAUAAGCAAGACGGACGGCGCCGCCGGCUGGGCCGGCGUCGAGAAGCGGUUCGACGAACUAACCGAGAAAACCGACGGGUUGCUUCCGCGGUCGCUGUUCGGAGAAUGCAUCGGAAUGAACAAGGAGUCGAAAGAGUUCGCCGGCGAGCUCUUCGACGCGCUUUCCCGGCGACGGAACAUCGCCGGCGGGAACAUCACGAAAUCACAGGUGAAGGAGUUUUGGGACCAAAUCGCAGACCAAAGUUUCGAUUCUCGCCUUCAAACUUUCUUCGACAUGGUUGAUAAAGAUGCUGACGGCAGAAUAACAGAAGAGGAAGUGAGGGAGAUCAUAACUCUGAGUGCAUCAGCCAACAAGCUGUCCAACAUUCAGAAGCAAGCCGACGAAUAUGCGAGGCUAAUCAUGGAAGAACUCGACCCAAACGAGCUCGGAUACAUCAUGAUAGAGAACCUGGAGAUGCUGCUGCUGCAAGGGGCGAGCCAGUCGGCGCGGGGCGGCGGGGAGAGCCGCAACCUGAGCAAGAUGCUGAGCGAGAAGCUGCGGCGGAGGCAGGAGAAUUUGGUGCGGAGAUGGGCGAGCGAUUUGCGCUACUUUCUGGCGGACAACUGGCAGCGUGUCUGGGUGAUGGCAUUGUGGGUAGCUGUAAUGGCCGGGCUCUUCUCUUACAAGUACAUCCAGUACAAGAACAGGGCCGUGUUCCACGUGAUGGGCCACUGCGUCUGCCUCGCCAAGGGCGCCGCCGAGACGCUCAAGCUCAACAUGGCCCUCGUUCUCCUCCCCGUCUGCCGCAACACCAUCACUUGGCUCCGCAACAAGACCAAGCUCGGCGCCGCCGUCCCCUUCGACGACAACCUCAACUUCCACAAGGUGAUUGCCAUGGCGAUCGCGAUGGGGACGGGAGUCCACGCGAUAAGCCAUCUGGCGUGCGACUUCCCGCGGCUGCUGCAGGCGACGGCGGAGGAGUACGAGCCGAUGGAGCCGUUCUUCGGGGAGGAGCAGCCGACGAGCUAUUGGGAGUUUGUGAAGGGAUGGGAGGGGGUGACGGGGAUCAUAAUGGUAGUCCUCAUGGCCAUAGCCUUCACGCUGGCCUCGCCCUGGCUCAGGCGGAGCCGAGUCCAGCUGCCCAAGCCGCUCCAUAAGCUGACCGGCUUCAACGCCUUCUGGUAUUCGCACCACCUCUUCGUCGUCGUCUACGCCUGCCUCAUUAUCCACGGCAUCAAACUCUAUUUGACCCACGAUUGGUACAAGAAAACGACAUGGAUGUAUCUGGCAGUUCCGAUUACUCUGUACGGCGGCGAAAGGCUGAUUAGGGCAUUCCGGUCGAGCAUCAAGUCUGUCAAGAUUUUGAAGGUGGCUGUGUACCCAGGAAAUGUGCUGACACUGCACAUGUCGAAGCCACAGGGCUUCAAGUACAAAAGUGGGCAGUACAUAUUUGUCAACUGUGCAGCUGUCUCCCCAUUUGAAUGGCACCCCUUCUCCAUUACGUCAGCACCCAGGGAUGAUUACGUCAGUGUCCACAUCAGGACACUGGGCGAUUGGACCAGACAACUCAAAGUUGUCUUCUCUGAGGUAUGUCAGCCCCCACCUAACGGAAAAAGUGGCCUUCUCAGAGCAGACUACUUGCAAGGAGAGAAUAAUCCCAACUUCCCUAAAGUUCUCAUCGACGGUCCGUACGGGGCGCCAACGCAAGACUACAAAGACUACGACGUCGUUUUGCUAGUCGGGCUUGGCAUCGGCGCCACGCCGAUGAUCAGCGUGGUGAAGGACAUCGUGAACAACAUGAAAGCCGUGGAAGACGAGGCGAACGCCGUCGAGGAGGGGGCCUUGGCCCCGGCCCCCAAUGCAAGCCCCGUGAGCAUGAGCAUGAGCAAGCAACGCAAGGGGGCUUCGUCGGGAAGCGGGAGGCAGGCGAGCUUCCGGACGCGGCGGGCCUACUUCUAUUGGGUGACGAGGGAGCAAGGCUCGUUCGAUUGGUUCAAGGGGGUCAUGAACGAGGUCGCCGAGAUGGACAACAAGGGGGUCAUCGAAAUGCACAAUUAUUGCACGAGCGUGUACGAGGAAGGCGACGCUCGCUCGGCCCUCAUUACGAUGCUACAAUCUUUAAAUCACGCCAAGAACGGAGUCGACGUCGUGUCCGGGACACGUGUCAAGUCCCACUUCGCCAAGCCAAAUUGGCGGACUGUAUACAAGAGGAUUGCACUCAAUCAUCCCAACUCAAGAGUUGGUGUAUUCUAUUGUGGGGCCCCACCACCAGUGAAGGAGCUAAGACAAUUGGCCUCUGAUUUCUCCCACAAGACGAACACCAAGUUUGAGUUCCACAAGGAAAAUUUCUAACCAUCCAUGUCUAUAUAAAUUAUAUAUUAUAUUAUAUUAUAUUAUAUUAUAUUAUGAAUCGGAUAGAGGCAAACCAAAGCCACGAGUAGUGGAGGGAAUUGAAUUAAAUUCCACUAAAGGAUAUUUAUUUGUUUAUUGCUGUCAUUAUUAUAUCACUAAUUUUUUUUUUUGCUUUCUUUAUAGUAUUAUCUUAGAGUGACGUGAGGAGGGGUCAUGCUUGUAUCAGCGAAGGAUAAAUAAUACUCCCUUUGUCCCA